AUGACGAGUACGGUGUUGCCAAUAUUGUGCCUGAUGGAUUGGCAUUCGCCGAAAUGUCGUCUGAAUGCACCACCACCACGAUUUGCGCCAAACUACGACGUCAAUAAAGCGCGAGCACAUGAGCUGGCGCGAAAUCGUGCUAAAUCUGCGAUUCAAGGCGAUGAAGAAGUCGCAGAGAUUUCCUCACCAGUAUUGCCUGAGUCUAACUCUAUGGGAGAAUCGAGUGAAUAUGAUGAUGGUUUGAUUUUUUCAUUUGUUUAA